AAUACAAAUACACUUACAGGUGGUGUAUGCCCCCAUAGUAUAUAAAACUUGAUAAGUGGCCGAUAUUCAAAAAGAACUAAAAUGGCUCCCGAGAGGUUCUGCGUUCUGGUCGUGUUGAUUGUAGCAGUUAUUUCUUCAUUGGUGACGAAAUCAUCUUCUAAGAGCAUUGAAGAGGUUGAUGAUAAUGUGAGGAGGAAUGAAGAUCUAGAAGCAGUUUACGACACAGAGACCAAAUCGAUCCUUAACAGGAAUAAGCGAGAUGCCGAUACUGAGGCUGCUUUAAAGGAUGGAUCAGCUACUGAUAAAAAUAUUGCACAGAUUUCUAAGGAUGAAAUUGAGGAGAUAGAAACACGAGGUCUGCGCCGAAGAAGUAGAUCACGCCGUAGAAGUUCCGGACGUUCUCGCCGUAGAGGAUCUAGAAGGUCUCGUCGUAGCAGAUCCAGACGAUCCGGUCGUGGACGUUCCAGACAAUCUGGUCGUGGACGUUCCAGACGAUCCAGACGUAAAGGUUCGAAUGGUUCUGGAGGUGGGAGUGGUUGGGGCGCUGUUUCGGGCAUCGCGGAUGCAGCAUCUUCAGGACUGAAUGCAGUCAACGCUGGCUUGGAUCUUGCCAAUAAUUUGAAAUCCAACAAUGGCGAUGUCGGAAAUGACGACACUGAUGAUACAGACUAUGCAACAUAUUAGUUUGUGUAUAUGCAGAACAAGAUAUGAAGAUAUGAAAAUUAAAGUGAGUAACAAAGA